CGUGGGGGACGGAGGGAGGAGACAGGGAGGUUAGCGUGCGAAGAAAAUGGCGGAUGCGCAGCUGUACGGCUUCUCUUCGGAAACGCCGCAGACGCCAUAAGCUCCGCCAGCCUUAUCGCUCGCUUUCAUUUUCGCUCGGUUGCACUUUAAAUUCAUGAGAGAAUUGGAAGCUACAGCCACCAAAGACAGAAAGGAGACAAAGCAGGCAUAUAGAGCAAGGAAAGGAAGAACAGUUGAUGGAAGAAAGGAAAAGAAGGAAGGGUAGCAAAAAGUACGAAGCUGGUUUGAAGAAGGCCAGUGAACAAAAAAACAAAGUGCCAGAACAUACCAAGUCCAGUUUAAGCCAGCCUCAGCCUGCCAACUUGCGGAGUGACGGCGCCCCUGUAACAAGCGGCGUCAGCAAUGCCAAGCGGGCCCCCGCCAGCACCCAGCCGCAGGUCCCACCCAGACACCCGCCCCGCGAAGUUCCUCCGCGAUUCCGCCAGCAGGAGCAGAAGCAGCUGCUGAAGCGAGGCCAGCCUCUUCCCGUCGCCCCCGCCGCCACACUGGGAACCCGAGCUCCUUUCGCCUCCCACCCAGCAGGGGGCGCCCAGCCUGCCGGCGAGGGGCCUCUCCAGAGGACCCAGCUCCCAGGCAUGCCUCCCAUACGGGAUUUGGGCAGCCAGUCUUCUAACCAGACAGAUCUGAAUGAGAGUAGUCUAAUUUCUCAUUAUGAAAAUUUGCAUUGGAAUUCUGGUUCAUCUGGCAGUGACUCCAACUCCACUUGGGACAAAGUUGUUGUAGAAGCCUGCAGCAGGGAAGUCUGGCCUACAGCCAGUAGUGAGCCAGAGUUAACCCCAGAAUGUAUGGACACUGAUGCUGCCUCAAGCUCUGGGUCUGAGAAAAACGUCAGUAUAAUGGCUUCUGGGAACGGUAGUGGCGACAGCAAUGGAAAUCGACAAGGCAAUGGACAUGGUUCUCAGUUUAUGGUUGCAAAUGGCAGCAAUAAUAUGGACAGCGGGAGUAUUACGGGACCGUGGGCGGUGUCCCAUGGGUCAAUGCUAAGCACAUGUCAGAGCCCAGGGGAAGGCCUUAAUGGCAAAUUAACCGAAAGUAGCCAUGGUAAAUUAAAUGCAUGGGGUACCCUAGGUUCCUCAACCAAUGGAGGUAUAAAUCCAAGCACUUUGAACCCAAAUGCCAACCAUGGUGCCUGGCCUGUUUUGGAAAACAGUGGGCAUAAUCAACAUGGGCCUGUGGGAAAUGGGAAUAGUGGCACCAGUAUUCAACGUAGCACCAUAGGUCAAACGCCCAGCAGUCAGAGUAACUCUAAGAUGGGCUUAUCUGCCCAUACGUCCUGGGGGAGCCUCCAGGACAACAAUGCAGAAUUUGACAUCAAUGGUACAAGUAAGGUUUCGUUUAACGGGCAACCUCAAAACCUUAACACUGAUUUGAAUGGACCAAAUAACACUACUAACAUGAUGACCUCUAGUUUACCAAACUCUACUGGUUCAGUGCAGAUUAAUGAGCUGCCUGUAGGGCAACAAGCCUGGCAGGUGAGCUCAGGAGGCUCAUCUCAGCUCCAAGCCUCAGCAGUUUCUAACGGCACUUCAAUUUCUCAGCAUGGCAGCAGCGAGGGAAUAAACAGCGAGUCUUACGGCACAGCGUGGGGAGCUCCAAGAGAUGCCAGUUACUCUGGAGACAAAUGCCCUGUCCCUAAAGGCCAUGCUGUGGGUGACACUGUGAACGCAACUCUAAUGCAGUCUGGAGUGAAUGGAUCCACUGCAAGCGCUGCUUCUUUUAAUAAUAGUGUAAGGGGGGGUCGCGUUGGAGGUUGGGAUUCCGGGCCCUCGGCCUCCCAAUCAAUAGCCUGGGGAGGAGGAAGUGGUGUUGGACCCACAGGGAUCCCUCGCCCCUGGGGCAGCGCAUCAUCCUCUUCAUCGUCGUCAUCCUCUUCGUCUUCAAACACUGGCACUAAGGUCUCAAACGGUGAAUGGAACUCUCUGCCUGGCAACAAUCAGCAUUCCAGUGAUGGCAUGAAUGGGAGCAGGAAGGGAACAAAUGGAUGGAUGUCAAUGGAAGAAGAUGCUUUAGGUGAGGGGAGUGCUAGGCAAGUCACCCAGAUCAGCAGUCAGGGUGGCUCCUGGACCAAGUCGACUGGUAGUGAAGGUAGUGGCGAAAGCACUGGCAGUCAGGGCGAAAGAGAUGCACAGCGAAGCACCGGCCGCAGGAAGCCAACCUCCCAUGGGCUGGUGCAGACUGUGCUCUCCAAGGCCGAUUUAGACCCUCGUGUUCUGUCCAACAGUGGCUGGGGCCAAACACCAGUACGACAGAACACCACAUGGGACAAAGUGAUAUCUUCCAACUCUGACAAAAAGACCGAAAAUGGGACAGAGGCUUGGGGCAGCUUUGGCUCCCGGGCUCCUAAUUCUGGAGGAUGGGGGGAUGGGCCAGGCAGCAAAAAUGAUGCUUCAUCAGUAACUGGUUGCACAGAGCCAAAACCUGCCUCAGGGUGGGGCGACGCCAAAGGCCAGGAUGGUUGGGAGGACAAUUCCAUAGCUGGAGUUGGCAAGGGCAAUCCAUCAUGGGGGAGCAGCAAAGACAAAUCCUGUACCUGGAACGAUGCACAAAAGGGCAAGCAGGGAUGGAUUGAAAGACAGAAAUCCAACCAAGGAUGGGGUGGUCCUCCUAGUGCUGAUGGAUGGGGAGAAGUUUCACGUGGAAAUCAGUGGAGUGAACCAGUCAAAUCAGGCUCUGGUGGCUGCGAUAGUGAUAGUGACCGGUCAGGGUCCGGUUGGAGUGAUCAAGGUAGGAAUGGCCCAAGCAACACUUGGGGAAGCAGUACCGGAGGAACUGUCCUCAACAAUAAUGCUCCAUCUGGGUGGGGAGAGCCAUCCAAGCCAAAUCAUCAGAAGCAGGGCUGGGGAGACCCCAGCAAAACCAGCAAUCCGAGCCAGGGCUGGGGAGAGCCCAUGAAACCCAGCCACCCUGCUCCUGAUUGGAAUGAUGGCACAAAAUCCUCCAAAUCCCCAGACUGGAACAAGCCACAAGACACCACCCCGGGGCAGGCCUGGGGGAGCGGCUCCUCACAACCUGGGGCCUCUUCCACAAACAAGCCCUCAGGUUGGCUUGGAGGGCCAAUCCCUGCUACCAGCAAUGAUGACAAAUCUACAGGCUGGGAGGAACCUUCUCCUGAAUCUAUCAGACGUAAAAUGGAGAUUGAUGAUGGUACUUCAGCCUGGGGGGAUCCCAAAAACUAUAAGUAUAAUAGUGUGAACAUGUGGAAUAAGAACAGUGGAAGUGAGCAGGAGGGACCUGUGGCACAGCAGCAGUCUCAUCCACCGAAACCGACACUUCAACCACCCGCAAGUUCAAUGCCCAGCAAGGAUAAAACUAGUGGGUGGGGAGAGCCUUAUGGGUCAGCCCAGAAGUCAGAGUCCUCUUGGGGGGAGCCGUCAGGCCCUCCAGUAUCUGUUGACAAUGGUACUUCAGCCUGGGGGAAACCCAUGGACACGGGGACAAGCUGGGAAGAACCAGGCAGGCAGAAUACAGGCACAAGUGGCUGGGGAAGCACAGCAGUGGGGCAACAGCAACAGCAAAACACUGGACCCAAACCUGUGCAAAGCAACUGGUGCGGUGAAGAAAUGCCUUUGGCCGAUGCACACCAUCCCAGCUGGGAGGAAGAGGAGGAGGUUGAGAUCGGGAUGUGGAAUAACACCCCUUCCCAGGAAGUGAACCAAACUGGGAACUGGCCUUAUGUGAAGAAACCAUCAAAGGUUAACAAAGGAGUCAACAAGCAAGAUGAUGCAUGGAUGAAUCAGUUUGUCAAGCAGUUCAACAACAUGAACUUCUCUAGGGAAUCUUCUGAAGAAAUCUUAAAGAGCAAUAAAAUGGAUAUAUCUGGAGGGAUGUUGGCAGAUAAGCGUAUGGAUGUGGACAAACAUGUUCUGAAUAUGGAUUACAACGGUGUGAUUGGAAAGAGUUCCGGACCACGGCAUCACAUCUCCAAAGAGUCUUCCAUGGACCGAAGUCCCUAUUUUGAUAAGAAUGUUAACCCAGUGUUCAAUGGCAGUAAUGCAGCAUCAGCACAAGCCAGGAGCUCACAGCAGCCUCCAGCGCAACCUCUCAACUCAUCUCAGCCUAACCUCCGCUCUCAAGUGCCUCCUCCAUUGCUUUCCCCUCAGGUUCCAGCAUCUUUGAAGUAUCCCCCGAACAACGGAGGUCUCAAUCCUCUGGCUUUUGGUCCGCAGCAGGUUGCCAUGUUGAACCAGCUGUCCCAGUUAAACCAGCUCUCCCAGUUGCAGCGUCUCCUCCUGCAGCAGCAGAAGGUCCAGAACCAGAGGAACAUGCCCAUCAAUGGCCGUCAUCCACAUGACCAGCCGGGCCGACCGCUGGGCUCCAUGCAGCAGAUGAUGCAGCCGCCUCGCCUCCUCGAUCCUUCCAUGCUGAAGCAGCAGGCUUCCCCACAGCCGCCUGCUCUGCCUCAGUCAGGCCUCAAGUCUUACCUAGAGAACCUCAUGCCCCAAAACGUCCCAGACCUGCAGAAAGAGCAGAGCUCCCUUGGCUCGUUCGGCAACUUCCCUUUAGGUGGGUUUCUCCCCCAUCCUAACUCGGGCCAGGCCGUGAAGCCUCCCACCAUGGCUGCUGCGGACAUGCCAGCCAGUAAUCACGGUCAUAGCCUCCUUAUUCCCCCCGUGAGCGAUGGCCGUGCCGCGCCUGGCUCGCCUGUACACCCCCAGUCAGGGAGGACGUUCCCAAGCCAUGAAACAGACUCUGCAAGAGGCUUAAACUCAAACUUGAAUGUAAACAAUCUGGAUAUUGUCAGUAUUAAUUACAAAGAGCCACAGUCCCGACUAAAGAAAUGGACUGCCUUGGAUAUUCCCCUCAACUCACCUCUAGAUCAAAACUCCAAACCCGGUGCUAUUUCCUCUGGGCUGAGGCUCGAAGACUCCCCCUUUGGUCCAUACGACUUCAUGAACCCCAGUGACUCUCCUGUCAGCCCCCACGGGCCUGUGGGAGAUGGUUGGCCCAGCCGUGCCAAAUCGCCUCAUGGCUCCAACAACAUGAACUGGCCCCCAGAAUUUCGGCCUGGUGAGCCAUGGAAAGGAUACCCGAACAUUGACCCAGAAACUGACCCGUACGUGACCCCUGGCAGUGUGAUCAAUAACCUGUCUAUCAAUACUGUCCGGGAUGUUGAUCACCUCAGGGACAGAAAUAAUGGGUCAACCUCAUCUCUGAACACCUCGCUGCCUUCAACUAGUGCCUGGUCCAUUCGUGCCUCCAACUACAGUGGUUCCCUCAACAGUACAGCACAAAGCACUUCAGCCAGAAAUAGUGACUCUAAAUACACAUGGUCUCCUGGUACAGUCACCAACACCUCUUUGGCCCAUGAGCUGUGGAAGGUUCCCCUGCCGCCGAAGGGAAUCAGCGCUCCGUCCCGCCCGCCCCCUGGCCUGACGGGUCAGAAGCCCCCCCCAUCCUGGGACAGUUCACUGAGGCUGGGAUGUUGGGGCGGCUCUGAUUCCAGAUUCACUCUUGGUUCCAGUUGGGGCGACAACAGCUCAGGGAGAACAACUAACUGGCUCGUUCUCAAAAAUCUCACACCUCAGAUUGACGGCUCCACCCUACGCACCCUGUGCCUGCAGCAUGGUCCACUGAUAACAUUCCACUUGAAUCUGCCCCACGGCAACGCUGUCGUCUGCUACAGUUCGAAGGAGGAGGCGGUCAAGGCACAGAAAUCUCUGCACAUGUGCGUUUUAGGGAACACUACUAUUCUCGCUGAGUUCGCUAGUGAAGAGGAAAUUAGCCGUUUCUUUGCACAAGGUCAGUCCAUGGCCCCCUCACCGAACUGGCAGGCCCUGGGCGCUUCUCAGAACCGGAUCGGGUCAGUGGAGAGUCCUCAUCCUUUCCCCAACCGCAACGAGCCGAACCACUGGAACGGUGCUGGGCUGACGGGGGCUGGCGGCGGAGAGCCACACGGCAUCUCCCUCUGGGGUGCGCCUAACUAUUCCACUAGCUUGUGGGGGACCUCCGGUGGUAGCGAGAGCCGGGGAAUCAGCAGCCCGUCCCCCAUCAGCUCCUUCCUCCCCGUCGACCACCUGGCUGGAGGUGGGGAUACCAUGUAGACCAUCUUUCACCUUCUGACCUAGACUGACCUCAGUGUGGAAUAAUAAUAAUAAUAAUAAUAAUAAUAAAUAAUAAUAAUAAUAACAAUAAUAGUAGUAACAAACGGCACUAGUUUUACUCUUUCCCAGCUAUGAAAGAUGGGGUCACUCUGUUUUCCACUUUUUCUUUUAGCCCAAAACAUAUCAGUUUGAAUACUUGAAUCAUGCAAGGCCAAUAUUAUAAUGUGAAAGCAGAUAUUUACACUUCCAGGUAGUGCUACUCGUACGGAAAAAGAUGUUUCAGAUGAGCUCAUUCGUUCAUCCAUAAUGUUUAUUUGAAUUCCAUAGUUAUAAUUUGCGUUUGUUUUUGCUGACAAUGUUGGAGUAUGAGCUUUUAACUUUGCACUGAAUGUCGUUUUUUCUCAGUAUAAUCUGCAAUAUCGAGGGAACCGGCAGUUCCAGUGUAGUUGUUUACUCAAGGAUGUUCUUAAGUGUGCGCUCUACUAUGCCUCGAUGUACGCCUACCUUAUUGUGGUAUUGUGGAGUUCAACAUCAACAUAUAGAUGCUGACUUAGGAUUAUUUGACAAUAUAAAAAAAGUAUUGCACCAGUUGUCGUGUUUAAAACUAAAGAAUUUAGCUCUGCAGUGUAUAAAAGAAAACAAUUAAAAUUUUAAAAAAUUGUAGCCACAGCUGUGACUUGCAAGCCUGACCUGCAAGUCAGGGGAACAGCACUUUCAAAUAGGCUUUCGGUUUUGUUUUGAGGAGGGUCACAUUUUGCCCUCUUGUUUACAGACUUUUUUUUUUUUUUCCCUCGAGGAAAAGUGUUUACUCCAUUUUAAAAUAAAAAAAAUAUAUAUAAAAAUUACAAAAAAAUAAAAAACAAAAAAAAAAAAAAAAAAGUUGGAAAAAAACAAAAAUAGAAAAAUGACAAAAAGCUUUCUAUCUCUGGGAAUACUGAUCAGUGUUUGGCCAUUUUUCUAUUCCUCUCGUCUGCUAAAUAACGAGCAUGGUUCUCAGGAAACUUCUCCAGAUCCCCCACGUACAAACUCCUUGUAGAAAAAUCCAACUUUUAGCACUGAAACUACUUAUAGCUCUGUAAGUUUUUCUCUGCCAAAUAACUGCUUUAAGCUGGAGAUAUUCUACAUGUUGCUUUCGGAAAUGCUGUCUUUUAUUAGCGAGUGGAGGAGGUUGUUUUGCCGAAUCGCUAAAUUUCUAUCGUUCCUUCCCUUUAUUCCCAUUGAGUGGCUCGAUGUUUUGCUCUUUGUGACUCUCGGACUUAAUUGUUGUACCUUACGAAAAACGCCGAAAUCAGUAACUAUGCAUACUGUAACCAGAGACAUGGCUUACAGAAUCACCUUUUGUUUAUGAAAUGUUUUAAAUAUUUGAUUGCGAAUAUGUUAUUUGCAAGACUCUCUUUGCCACAAUGGUGUUUAAACAAAAAAAAAAAUCUUGUUUGUUCAUCAAGGUUGACAUUUUAACAGUGCAAAAGUCACCCACAUUUCAUUGCCUUGAUUCAAAUUGUCUGAAGAUGCAACACGUCAAGUGGCUUUUUCCAGUUUACAGAUUGUGAUUGUAACGUGUACAGUUUGGUUAUUCACAUCUGAAGUUCCUCCACAGUAAUAAAUCCUGACAUAUUUUUGGCUGCUCAGUACAUGUUUGUUGUUGACGUUGUUGAGGUUGUUUCGUCGUUGUCGUCAGUUUUGUCUUUUAAAACGCAGAGCCUCUAAGUGGCUCUGGAAGGCUAGUACAGUGGUGAAUGUAAUCUUUUUCUGGUAGUUUGGAAAUGUGCGGAAACAAUGUGCAUAUGUGUAUAUAUACAAACCAUAUUGAUUGUUUAGUUUCUACAAUGAUGCACAAUUUAAAAAAAGAAAAAGCUUCAAAGAAAGAUUUCAGCAUUAGGCUGUGCCACGGACCUUAAUUUAUAUAUAUAUAUUUUUGUUUCCUUUAUCCAUAUUUGAAAAGCAUUUUACAGAACCUUGAGUAUUACCCUGAACAGUGGCAUGCCAGUAUAGAACCAUAAAGAACACGCUCUACCAAAUAUGAAUCGAUCAAAAGAUUCUCCAGCUUCAGAACUUGUUUCUUUUAGCAAAUGUUAAGUGGAACAUAUAAACCAGGUUUAUUCUUAGAAUAUAUAUAUAUAACAAAAUGCUGAAAUGAAAUUUGCACUUGGUGUGUGUGUGUAUGUAUACGUUUUUUAAUAUAUAUAUAUAUAUAUAUAUAUAUAUAUAUAUAUAUAUAUAUAUAUAUAUAUAUAUAUAUAUAUAUAUAUAUAUAUAUAUAUAUAUAUAUAUAUAUAUAUAUAAUAUAAAAAAACAUAGAUCAGACAGGCUGUAAUUGGGGUGCGUGUAGUUCCUGAUCAGAUGGGAGCGAUGUUGGAGGUUUUUGGAUCGCCGGCUCCGAGUUUAUGGCUGUCGUUCAGUUUAUUCUGUACUCUGGUUUCUUAGCUGUGGUGGUGCUCAGUCCAGGUUUUCUCCAUGUCCACCAUCUCCAUUCCCUCGCAGUAGGAGCGAGGCCGGGAUGUCUUAGUCUGGAAGACACAAGCAGACACUGAUGCUCUGAGGCAUUAUAACUGCAUCUCUCUACUACUCGCACGACUCUAUGAAUACUCUCGCUUAGUGAUACUUUACAGGUAGCCUCAGUGUUUUCAUUUUUGCAGUUUACUUCCUGAUGUAGUGGCCAUUUCCCCUGUUGAGGUUAGGAUUCUUCUCCUUUGUGUCACAGAACUCCAGACGUGACUCAGCCGCACUGCUUUGCGGACACAGGCAUGUUCAUAUUUUCCCUGCUCCCAAGUGCUUAUGUGUUCAAUCGAAGUGAAUCAUGGGAUUGGGGCAUCCGCCUGCCCACCCUCCCUCCCCUUCUCGCCUUCUGGUCCCGUCAGCUUUAUCGUUCACCUACAUAGAACUGUCUGAUGUUAGACAAUAUUGAUCUUGCGGGGGUCUCAUGCCAAAAUAGAGGAGUGGGCUGAAAGGGAUUGGUUCUUUCGUGAAAGCUGGACAAUGUUUAUGCUUGAAAUGAUCAUCUACAAAUAGCUACUGUGAGAAAAAUAAAAUGAGCUAUGUACAAUCCCCGUCGCUGCUCUGCAGUUUUUCUAUUGCCAGGCCUAAGUGAAGGAAAUUUCUGGCCUGGCAUAUUUACUAUUUUUUAAAAGAAUCCGUGUUUUAAAUGCUCCCUGCUGUUUCUCAUUAGGCUAGAGCAAUUUACCUUUUAAACUACAAGCACUGCAGUCUUGUUGUUUUUACAAACCCUUAAAGCUUUGGUAAGAUUCGCACAAAACGGGCAGUCUGAACACCUGGGUACUUCGCGUGUAUCCGGCCCUCGAGUAAAGGCAGGCGUCUGUCACCUGGGGCUGUCCGCAUGCACUCGCACGUGCAUUUUAAACAAUCCUUUGUCGUGGCAGAGAGUUAAAACCACUUUUAAAAUGUGCCAUGUAUUUUGAAAUGUUGGCCAGUUGUAGCAUCUAGCUGUGAUUCACUGUACUCAAGUCCCCCUAUGGAUUUUGUUUAUAAUAAAUCAGAUGUCGGAAGGUUUGAAGUGCUCACUUAUAACUGUUAUGCACAUUGCUUUGGUACUGUUUAAACAAUGUAUAGAAAACAAUAAGUAUCUUAAAUGAACAAGAAGUGCUUUUUGAGACUUCCGAUGUCAUUUGAGAAUUUUUAUCAAGGGGAACUGCACUUUUUGAAGGACAAUCCUAAUUUGUAUUGAUAUAAAUUGACUAAAGGUCUAAUACAAGGUAGAAACUGUCAAUUGUGUGAAUGUUUCCACUGAUGCAGUCAUUAACUAUUUUUUUUUAUUUUAUUUUAUUUUUUUCCUCUUUGUUGCUUGCGUUCGGAUUUUAGUGCUGAUAUGUAAUGAAAAUGUAGGUUUAGGUCUUUUGUUGAUUGUACUUUCAGACUGAUUACUGUUUGUAAAGUUGUGCUGAUCUCUGCGUCAGAAUUCGAAGCUGUUCAACUCGGGUUUAACCCACAAUAAAGUUUCAGCAGUGUGUGUA